AUGACUCAUUCCAACAGUAGCAGUGACGGAGGAACGCCCACUGUGGACCACCAGAGGAUUGGGUACAACUGCAGUGACAGCAGCAGUGACAGCAGCAGUGACAGCAGCAGUGACAGCCGCCCUGUGAUCCCCCAAAGAAGGAUGGACAGCAGCAGUGACAGCAGCAGUGACAGCAGCAGUGACAGCCGCCCUGUGAUCCCCCAAAGAAGGAUGGACACCAGCAGUGACAGCAGCAGUGACAGCAGCAGUGACAGCCGCCCUGUGAUCCCCCAAAGAAGGAUGGACACCAGCAGUGGCAGCAGCAGUGACACUGGAAUGCCUUCUUUAUCCCCCGAGUGGGAGUCUGACAGCAGUGACAGUGAACUGUCACAGGUUUAUGAACUGGUGCAGGAGAGGAUGAGGCUGGCGCAGAGAAGGAUGGACAACUGCAGUGACAACUGCAGUGACAGCAGCAGUGACAGCAGCAGUGGCAGCAGCAGUGAAUUGUUGCAGAUUUAUGAACUGGUGCUGGAGAGGAUGAGGCAGGCAGGGAAACCAACAGUGACAGCAGGAGUGACUCUGCAACGUCUUCGGGAUCCCCUGCAAAGAGAGAAACCAGCAGUGACAGCAAGGGAAACCAGCAGUGAUAGCGACAGUGACAACUGCAGUGACAGCAGCAGUGGCAGCAGCAGUGAAUUGUUACAGAUUUAUGAACUGGUGCUGGAGAGGAUGAGGCAGGCAAGGAUGGACACCAGCAGUGACAACAGCAGUGGCAGCAGCAGUGAAUUGUUACAGAUUUAUGAACUGGUGCUGGAGAGGAUGAGGCAGGCGUAG